AUGAGUUCUCGAAGGAGCUUGAAACAUCUAAGAAGAAGGGGCCCGAAUUAUGAACCACCUAAGCUGAAUCCUCGAAGAUCAAAAGACUAUAAUAAAAUAGUGCGAAAGAAGCUUUUAACUGAUGAGAAAGAUUCCCCGGAUUAUUUAAAUCAUUUAAUUGAAUCGAUCCUUGGAUCAUCUAAAGUGAUUGAGGUUUCUCAGCAGGAAGAUAAUGCAGAUGAGACUGAAACAUAUGAACAGGUCCCCCGUGUCCUUGGCGAAAAAGUUGUGCUUCCAAUAUCAGAUCCAUUCGAUCUUCAACUAUAUGCUUUAUUUGCAUUAUUCAUUCGUGCAUUUGUACUACGGUGGUAUAAGGAUAAAUUGAGUUUGUUUGAGGAAGACAAAUUUGUGUCAGAGCUCAUAUACAUUUUGCAUCAUAUUGAACGAUCUUGGACUGAGCGCUGUAAGCAAGUUGAUUGGGCAAAGGUAUUGUUCGAUGAUUUAUUUGUUAUUGUUGAUAGCCAUGUUCGGGCUUUUGAAAGGGCCGAUGUAGUGGUAAAUACACGAUAUAGUGCCAAUAUAGGAGGGACAGAAAGGGAUCAGUUUAUUCAUAAUUUUAUGGCAUUUAAUGGUCAUCUGAGCUUGCUGUCUCCAGAAAAGGAAAGCUUGUACUCCAAAAUACUAAUGAAAUACGUUGUUAUGCAUUCAAUUCCCACAGCAGAACUACACUCAAAGUUAUCAUCAGAAUUUGUGGUUACGUUAUUAAAUGAUAUGGUAAUGAGAAAUGUUCUGGAAAACUUGUCAGAAAAUUACGCCAUGUGGGAUAUUAUUGGCUCAAUUUGUGAUUCAAUUAACCAACGUGAUACUGUGACAAAAAAGGAACCAUCACAAGGCCGUCUUAUCGGUUAUGCAAAGGAGAAAUUCACGAAAAUAGGUCAAAUAAUCAGUCGUGUUGUUGCGUAUUCUACCUGUCUCUUGAAUGGCAAUGCACUUUUCGAGGAUUUUGACUUUUUCUCAAGUUCCAUUUUUAAAUUCACGUCUGAUCUGCUUGACUGUGCUCAUAAAUUCCCAAUAUUGAACGCGGCAAUAAUGAAGAUUUGGGAAACUCUUGGACAAUCUGCUAAAUGUGUUCAUUGGUGUAGUAAUAUGAUACACAACGUGGUUUACACAAAUGUCUUAACACGAAAGAAUCUGGCAAAAGGAGUGGAGUUCCUUAGACAUCUGAUGUUCCCGACAGACAAUGAAUUUUUCAUGAAACCGAGAUUCAUUCCCAAAAAUGCUGAAGAACUUGAGCAAUUACGAUUAAAAGACAAGGUAAAGAUCAAGCGUCUUCUUACAGAAAAGUUUUCGGUUGUUGGUACAGGACUAUUUUCAACCAAUGCGGAGCUCGAUUUGGCAUUGGAUAGAUUCCUUGAAGUCUUUCGAUACAAGACUAUCAACAAGUCUCUGAUAUGGCAGAUAAUAGAUCUGAUAUUUUCUACAUUAUUUCCGGAGCUUUUAGAGACUUCUCCUAUGAAUUAUACUCAUGGCAUGAAUAAAUCUUAA